AUGCCAUCGUCCUCGUUCAGCACAUACAAUAUGACCUACACCACCGAAAUGGAAGAAUCCUCAGGCAAUGAAGACAGACCAGAUGUAAUACGAAACUCUCAAGGCGAAACAAAGUUUGAUUUUUGUUUUUCUCCGAUUCAAAUGCAACGUCCAAAAUCACCACAAAUGAUGUCAGCUGUGUAUGAGGUCACCGAGCCUCUAUCCGAAAGAACAAAUGUUUUUGACACAAAGAUGCAUGCUUUGGCUAACCAUAAGGAAGGUGGCAUUUCACCCAUUCAAAACACUCCCAAAGCGUGGCAGGUUGCAGACAUUGGUGAACCAGACGACGGCGAGGUGGAUGAAAAUAUACCGAUUACUCCGAAAGACCACCUUCUAAGAAACUCAGAAAGGAUGGUAUUUUUCUUCCAGUUUGACAUCACGAAUGGCACAAUUGCUGUGGGCGCCAAUGGUAAGCAUGUAACGCUUAUUUCUACUGAAAAUGGUAAUAGGAAGGUGGAAGUAGAGCUAGCGGUUAAUAUGAGCCCUGACUCAGCCAGCUAUGGUGUUACAAAGACUGAAGUCCCCUUUUUUACUUCUCAGUGCUCACCCAGCAAGGAAAUUAGUGAAGGGAGCGACGACUUCGACUGUUCUAGUGGUGAGACGUCACCACCAAUCAUGCGUUUGUACAUGCCCAAAGAUGGACACGGAGUGCGAGCAGUUUGCUCGCCGAGGUACGAGCAGGAGGUGCAGUGGAAGUCAACUCAGACGGAAAAUGUGCUACUCACGGUCGACAAAGGCACUCAAACUGUGGAAGAGUGUGAAGUGCCCGUGUAUCCCGAUGUCACGGACAAUGCGGAUGCCACUCGUCUGAAGGAGUGGAUAGAGGAACUCUUUAAGCACAAGCUACCGAGGGCAGAUUCACAGAAUUCCAAUGCAAGGCAAAAGUUGGGCGCAAUCGCCGGAUUUACAGCAGACUACAUUGUGCGGACGGCAGAGGCGGAUGAUGGACCCACGCUCCAGGUGGACACAGGCCAUGCACAGCUUACAGUUCCUUGUACAGAUAACUGCACUGCCAUCACCAAAACGGAAGCAGUUGACCUCCAGGGAGUAGCAGAAGUUUCGUCCCCUUCUUAUACGGCCAUCGAUGAGGGAAGGAAUGAGCAAAAGGAUAAGGCAAUUCAAGAGGCUCAUGGUAGCCUUGAUUUUGUAAAGAUGGACCAAAAGAUUAUCUACGUUAUAAUUGCCAUCAUAUCAGCAAUUCUCUUCUUCUUUGCCAUCGGUUUUAACGGUUGGUCAUGUGGAGGCAGUAUUUUCAGUGACACUUGUCUCAUCUCGACGGUGAAUGAGGUGACGGGCGCCCUCCUCCUGACAGCUGGGCUUUUAGUUCUGCUUGGUGGUAUAUUUUUGAUUGUGCUAGUUGUCAAAGGUGACACGUGGGCCAACAUUGUCGCCACGGUGGUUGUGAUUAUUGCGGCCCUCCUGUCAUUGGCUGGGGUCCUCUACUACCUGGAUCAACGCGAAUUGUGGUCACCUUUCUUGGCCUCGGUUGCCAUGUCCUUCACCAUGGCCUUGGCUGCUAUUCUUGUGGCUGAUUUGGCUACGGGUGGAGGGAGGAGCAAUGAUAAGGAUGCGCCCAUCUGUGGAAUGCUAGCCUUCAUUCCUGUUCUCCCGUUAGCUUUCUUCCUCCUUUGA